AUGUUCGCCAAGCCCAGGCCAAAGAAGAGUAUACUGCCACCACCCAGCAAGAAACGAAAGACCACCUCGAGCGUCCAAGAAAUCACCUUUGACGACGGCGCGCGCCAAGAAUAUCUCACGGGCUUUCAUAAGCGAAAGCUGGAGAGGGUAAAGCAUGCGCAGGAGCAGGCAGCCAAGCAGGCCCGGCAGGAGAAGCUGGAUGCCCGCAAGCAGUUGCGCGACGAACGCCGGCGAGAGGUUGAAGAGCAUGUGCAAACAGUCAACCGGCUGCUGAGAGAGUCGGGCGCCGUGGUCGACCCCGUCGAGGCGGAACCCAAUGACGGGGACGAGGACGAAUGGGGCGGAUUCCCCGACAAGCCGGACCUAGACAUCAUCGAUCACGAAGAGGAGUACGUCGACGAGGAUCGCUACACCACAGUCACCGUCGAGACGGUUUCAGUGUCCCGGGAAGGGCUCAGCAAGCCCCAGACAGAGGCAAACGAGGCAGACGACGUCGAAACGGCGCAUCCCAGCAGCGGGGACCAGGAAUUUCGGGAAAAGGAGGCGAGGCCAGCAAAGAUCAAAAAGAAGAAGUUCCGUUACGAAAGCAAAAUCGAGAGGCAGCUGACAAACAGCAGACAGAGGGCCAAGUCCCAAAGACAAAAAUAA